ACUGAUGGCUAGGACUUCCUCCAGUGGGCAUGGAAAGCUGAUAUUAAAAAACGUUAACGGAAUAGCUCGACCAGGCGAAUUACUGGCAAUAAUGGGCUCCAGCGGUGCCGGAAAGACCACCCUGUUGAAUGUCCUCACUGGGCGGUCCUCUCCUCGCUUGGUGGUAUCUGGAAUGCAAUGUGCCAACGGCGUACGCAUCACUUCAAACGUGCUUACGAGCAUGCUAGCCUACGUUCAACAAGAAGAUCUGUUCAUCGGUACGCUAACGGUGAAAGAGCAUUUAAUCUUCCAAGCUCUAGUUCGUAUGGACAAACACAUCCCGUACAAGCGGCGAAUGGAGAGGGUGCAAGAGGUUAUAGUCGCAUUGGGCCUCGCCAAGUGCGAAAACACCACGAUCGGCAUUAAGGGCAGGCGUAAGGGUAUUUCAGGUGGCGAAAUGAAGAGACUGUCCUUCGCCGCGGAGAUCCUCACAAAUCCAUCGCUGAUGUUUUGCGAUGAACCCACGUCGGGCUUGGACUCUUUCAUGGCCAUGAACGUGGUGCAAGUACUGAAGGAACUCGCUCAGUUGGGCAAGACGGUAGUUUGCACAAUUCACCAGCCAUCGUCGGAAUUGUACGAGAUGUUCGACAAGAUUUUGUUAAUGGCAGAAGGUCGGGUGGCCUUUCUCGGCACGCCGCGAGAAGCCGAAAACUUCUGCGCCGCACUGGGCGCGCCCUGUCCGAAAAAUUAUAAUCCCGCCGAUUACUUCAUGCAGCUUUUGGCGAUCGUACCGAAUCAAGAGGAAGACUGCAAGCAGGUGGUGAAUAUGAUGUGUGAUGCAUUCGCUGGAUCUGGUUACGGUAUGAAACUUGCUGCUGAGGCAGGCGCAGUCGUGAGUAAGCAACUAUGGGAAAAAGAAGUGUACAAACCCGGCGAUUCUUUUAAUGGAAAACGUAGAACUCCUUACAAAGCGUCGUGGUGUGCCCAAUUUUCCGCGGUUCUGUGGAGAUCUUGGUUGGCCGUUGUAAAAGAACCUUUGCUAAUGAAAAUGAGAGUGAUACACACGCUUGUACUGGCCAUUGUUGUAGCAAUUGUUUAUUUUGGUCAGAGUCUGACCGAGGAGGGUGUGAUGAACAUCAACGGUGCGAUCUACCUACUUAUCCUUAAUAUGAGCUUUCAAAAUGUGAUACCUGUGAUUAAUGUAUUUUGCCAAGAGCUGCCUGUGUUUUUGCGCGAGCAUAAAAACGGAAUGUACAGGACCGAUGUCUAUUUCUUAUGUAAAACACUGGCAGAGUUGCCUUUGUUUGUUGCACUUCCACUACUUACAGUCGCCAUUUGCUAUUACACUAUUGGUCUGAACCCUUACGUGAGCCGAUUUCUGAUCGCUGCUGGAAUUCUAGUUUUAAUAGCAAAUACGGCAGUUAGCUUUGGUUACUUGGUGUCUUGUUUAAGCAGUUCAAUAGCAAUGGCCCUGUCAUUAGCAGGUCCACUGAUGAUCCCAAUAAUGCUCUUCGGUGGAUUCUUUAUGAAUCUUGACUCAAUUCCGAAGUACUUUAGAUGGAUUUCCUAUUUAUCGUGGAUACGUUAUGGAUUCGAAGGUUUAAUGGUAAAUCAAUGGGAAGGAGUUAAUCAUAUUAAUUGCACGGAGAACAUGGCUUGUCCACAAAAUGGUACUAUGGUCUUGGACACCUACAGCCUUUCAGAGAGUGAUGUGACAACAGCUUGCCUUUCCCUAUUGGGCUUGACAUGUUUAUUUAGACUCAUUGCGUAUCUAUCGUUACUACUCAAAACUUAUACUUUGGAGUAAAACAGAUAAUAUAAUAAUAAGCUUAAGCAAUUUUGUUAAUAAAUUAAUUUUUGGUCA